AGCCGUUUGGAGCCACGCCCCCCUGUCCGGGGCGGCAGUGCGCGUUCCCGAGCGGCGCGCGCCUCACGCCUUACCCCCGAGUCCUCGCGCGCGCUCUGCCGCCCACCCCGCCGCUGCCGUCGCCCCUCCGAAAACCAGCGGCGCCAUGUCUUCGCCUCCAGAAGGAAAGCUUGAGACCAAAGCUGGACACCCGCCCGCCGUGAAAGCCGGCGGGAUGCGGAUUGUGCAGAAACACCCACAUACCGGAGAUGGGAAGGAAGAGAGAGACAAAGAUGACCAAGAAUGGGAAAGCACCAGCCCACCUAAACCAACAGUGUUCAUCUCUGGCGUUAUUGCCCGGGGUGACAAAGACUUCCCUCCAGCGGCUGCACAGGUGGCCCACCAGAAGCCACACGCCUCCAUGGACAAACACGUUUCUCCAAGAACGCAGCAUAUCCAACAGCCUCGCAAGUGACCAGCGCCCAGACCCAGGCACCUCAGCAGCAGCAGCAGCAGCAGCCGCAGCACCCAUGCCAUCUCCAGGAUGCUUCCCUGACAAAAAACAACUCCCGUACUUCCCACAGAGUUUACUACAUUUAGAAACCUCAGACAAAGCAACAUGGGCCUCAGCUCUCUCAGAUUCCCAUAUUGAAAACUAGAAGAGGCUCAAACCCCAAACUUUGUUUCUAAGAGUCCUAGUCGAGGGUCCCUAAAGGGUCAUUGAACCCCCCCAGAAGUGCCAUUAGCAGAACUCGGCAAGUCCUUCACACUGUAGCAGUCGCUGAAAGUCCUUACUCAUGGUCCUGAGAGGAAGAGACCACUUUGGAGAGAUUUGAUAAGGCGGUAUGCUCCGCCACAGCUGUGCUCACUUCUGCUCCCAGGCUGAGGCUGCAGAACCCUGCUUUUCUGAAAAGUCAAAGGGCUCCCUUAGCCAGAUGCAGAGCCUUCCGGAGCACUGCUCUUGGCGGGUGCUCCUGGCUGUCCCAGUGGCCUACGGUGGCUCCAGCUGCAGUUCAUGCUUGCUCUGCGGGCACCGUGUGUGCCUCCAGCCUUCAUGGGACUACUUACCAGGCUGUGUCGCUAAAGGAGGGAUGGGCUCCUCAAAUUUUUCCAGCAAUUUAGUACCCCAGCAGUGGAUUUACAGGAAGCAAACCCAGGCCACGAGUCUGUGUCGUCAGUUUCUCCCGUUGUAAUUACUGAAAUGGUGUGAAGUAACCAAGGGUCACUUUGGAGACCCAGGCUUGGCCACAACCCACAACCAAAUCUAGGAAGGGACCUUAAAGCCAUAAGACCAGGUCCCCCUGUGCAGACCUUCCUACACUGUGCUGUGUACAUCCUGAAGCAUCUACAGUCCCUUUUAGUUAAACAACCUGAGGGGCUACCCUGUGUCUGGAUUCUGGGUCACUGAAGGUGACUACUUUUUGCUUGAAUGAAUUUCCUAAUCUUUGAUGUUGAGAAUAUGUUGAUUAUAAUAAAGCUCCUGCAUUUCUGCCUCA